CGUAGGUCACGUGUGCUGGAGACGUCGGGAGGAGGGGUUCCGGUUGUUGUAGGAGUUUAGAAGAGAAGGGUACGGUGCGGGAGGAGAGAGCCGAGAGCCUGAAGGCGGGCUCCAGACAUGCACAGCCUGGCCACAGCGGCGCCUGUGCCAGCAGCUUUAGCACAAGUAGACAGGGAGAAGAUCUAUCAGUGGAUCAAUGAGCUAUCAAGCCCAGAGACUCGUGAGAACGCCCUGCUGGAGCUGAGCAAGAAGCGGGAAUCUGUCCCAGACCUCGCCCCUAUGCUAUGGCAUUCAUUCGGCACUAUUGCUGCGCUGUUACAGGAAAUUGUUAAUAUCUAUCCAUCCAUUAAUCCGCCAACCCUGACGGCACAUCAGUCUAACAGAGUGUGCAAUGCACUGGCCCUGCUGCAAUGUGUGGCUUCUCACCCAGAGACCAGGUCGGCUUUUCUUGCUGCACACAUUCCCUUGUUCCUGUAUCCCUUCCUUCACACAGUCAGCAAAACCCGGCCCUUUGAAUAUCUCCGCCUGACCAGCCUGGGAGUCAUCGGAGCACUGGUAAAGACGGAUGAACAAGAAGUCAUCAACUUUCUCCUCACGACUGAAAUUAUCCCCCUGUGUCUGCGGAUUAUGGAGUCUGGAAGUGAACUCUCUAAGACGGUGGCCACAUUUAUUCUGCAGAAGAUCCUGCUGGAUGACACCGGCCUGGCCUACAUCUGCCAGACGUACGAGCGCUUCUCUCAUGUCGCAAUGAUCUUGGGCAAAAUGGUGCUGCAGCUCUCCAAGGAACCGUCUGCUAGGCUGCUGAAACAUGUAGUGCGCUGUUAUCUUCGCCUCUCAGACAACCCCAGAGCACGUGAGGCGCUGAGACAAUGUCUUCCUGACCAGCUGAAGGACACAACAUUCGCCCAGGUACUGAAGGAUGACACCACAACCAAACGCUGGCUGGCUCAGCUGGUUAAGAACCUACAAGAAGGUCAAGUCACCGACCCCAGGGGGAUCCCACUUCCACCCCAAUGACCUCAUGAAGGAAAUGUGAUGCAGCUGUGCUGAUGAGCGCAGGGUCUGGUACGGCAGGAGUUGCGUCGAUUCUGUCUUCUUACCGAAGACUUUCCUGGCCAAGAUAUUCGAUGCACCAGUUCUCGUGCCGGUGGGGGUUUUGCUUCAGCUCAAGGAUUGUCAUGAGGGACUCGGAGUUCUUGUUGAUCAAGAACUGGCCGCUCUAGAACUUCCUCCUGGAUCUUCAGGUCACUGGACUGCGGUGAUCUAGUGUCAUGUUUACAGACUACUAACCUAUAGUGCAGUCACCAGAGCAUCCUCAUCGACCACUGCCUGCCAUCCUCUCUGCACUUCUAUCCAAGCUUCUCGCUGUGUCCAAACUUUACAAAACAGUAAAUCCAAGAAAACUUUUAUAUUUUCACUAUGGAGAUGUUAAAUAAUGCGUUAGUUUGCAAAAUGUUUUGCAGAAUAAUAUGCAAAGCAUUCCAAAAUAAGGCUGUGGUUUCUUCAUGUGUUGCAGGUUUUAAUAAAUACGGAGUUCAGACACUC